CCGAUGUCAAAAAGGUCAACCCCAUUCAAUUCGAUUCCCUGCGCUAUCUCCUUCGACUCCUUCGAUUCUAGGGUUCCUUUCCUUAUACGGCCCGAUAUAAUGUAUCUAUGUAUAUAAUAAUGUAUAUGCAUGCAUAUUAUAUAUGUUCUAGACCGACGUAAAAGUUUAAUUUUUCUAUUUCUCCCUUGGAGUUUUGCUUUGCCGGCGGAGAAUUUGUCUUGUUUUUUUGUGGGUUUUAUGCUUAAUGGAGGUUUCUGAUGCGUAAUUGAUCUUUCCAGUUCUUUGUCGGUGGGAAUAUUGCAGCCUGCAGGUCGAUCGUAAGAGCGUUGACUUGUAUUUAUUGGUUCGAGUGAAUCUUGAAAAUUUUGGAACCUAGGGUUUCUUAAUUCUCGCAUGUGUUUUAACUGGGAUGGUAUUGUGCGGGAAAAAAAUUGCUGCUUUUCAAUCAAUGGCGCAUUGCUCGAUUCUUUCUUUCCGUAUUUGAUUGUUAGAUUGAGCUCUGUGUGCGCGUGUAAGAUCUUAUAGUGGUCAAUGGAGAGAAAGGGAAAGGAUUUUAAUAAUGCGAUAAGUAGUUCUAAGCACAAGCCCCAGGUUGAUGUGGAUCCAGGGAAGGUUGAAUUGAAUGGAGAUCCAGAAGAGGACAGCGAGACAGUGUCCUUGUUGCCGUCUAGGAGAGGUGGGUUGUCCAAAAAUUCUAGCAAGCCACGUCUGAAGGUGCAGUGGAAUGAUAAAGAUGGGAAUAAUCUUGCAGAGGUAGUGGAGUUCCAACCAAGUGAUGCGAGUGACUCUGAUGAUGAGGAUUCAGAUUCGUGCAUCUGUGUCAUAUUGUAGAUCCGACUCAAUAAACCACUUAUCAGUGAGUUCCUGUUGAAUGUGCUAAGGAAUUCAUCCCUGCCACGUUUUGAUGGGAGUUUUGAGAACGGCAACGGAAAUCACUCCCUGCUAUAUGGAUAGAAGAAAGUCUUCCUAACUGGUGCACAAGUGUAAAGUGGAAAAUUGUUGUGUUUCAUCUGAGGCACCAUCUAUUAAAAUGAGUUUCCAGUUGACAUCAAUUUUAUUUGUGUGUAUAUAAAAAUUCUGACAUUGUUAACUGCUAAUGAUACUGUGUUAUAUUCGGUAAAAUUAGAAGUUUUAAUUUUUGUUAGUCAUAAUGUGGGCUGCGUGGUUGAUACUUGAUCAUCAGAGUACAGUGAUGUGUCAAAGUAUGAUCAAGCAAGGAACUCUCUACCUCAAUUUCUAGAAUUUACCUCAAUCAGAAGCCUCAUUUCCAUCACUGUUUAAGCCCAUAUGCCAUUUAUUUACUCAGUUUGAUCUGGUAAACACAUUGUUCUUUGAUUCCAUUCAGAGCCUCAUAUUAGCAGGGAAAUAUUUCUCUGUGAAAGUUCAUAUUGCCUUUUUUUGCAUAAUGAAAUUUCAUGCUUCCUGGCGGAUGUAAAUUAACUUGAACAUUUUUCUUUUGCAAUAAGGUUGAGUUGAAAACUGA